AAAGAAAGCAAAUCUUCACCGGCUACGGCAACGAAACAACAACCGGCAGCAAUGCACAUUUUGAAGUGCUCAUCUCAAGCAAGCAAGCAAAUAGCAAAGCAAGAAACCAAUCAAGAACAGACCUAACCGUUAUCCCUUCUCCGAGAUAAACAUCUCUGUUCAGAGAAAAAUCAGUUUUUGAGUGAACACGACAAUCGACCAUGACGCUUUUUCUGAUAUCCACAUCGUCACGUCGUUCUUUAUUAUUGGCCAUUGUGCUGCUCCUGACGUCCACGACAAUCCUCGCCUUUGAAUACUAUCAAACUUUGGGCUUGCGAAAAAAAUGUUCUGACAAAGAUAUCAAGAAAGCAUAUCGUAAGCUCGCAUUAAAAUAUCACCCAGAUAAGGUGCCAGAAGACCAGAAAGAAGCGGCAGAAGAAAUGUUUCUCAAAGUCAGCGAAUCCUACGCCGUGCUCAGCGACACCGAAAAACGAAAAAUCUACGACCAGUAUGGAAAACGAGGGGUAGAAGCAUACGACAAGGGAUGGAAACCCAGUGAAGGUGGUGGUCCUCCUCCUGGAGCUGGAGGUGGUGGCUUCGGAGGUGGUGGUGGCGCUGGUGGUUUUGGUGACUUUGGUAGCGGUGGGGCAGGUGGUUUCGGAGGUUUCGAUGCCUUCAAUAUGUUUGAACAGAUGUUUGCCAAAGGAGGAGGAGGAGCAGGAGGUUCCAAAGGUGGUGGCGCAGGUGGCUUCAAAUUUCCUGGAGGUGGCGCUGGUGGUUUUCAAUUUCCUAGCGGAUUUGGUGGAGGCGCUGGAGGAUUUGGGGGCGGUGCCGGUGGCUUUCAAUUUCCUGGCGGAUUUGGAGGCGCUGGAGGAUUUGGAGGGGCUGGUGGUUUCCCAGGACAACAACAACAACAGCAAGAGCUUUUCCCCAAGGGAGGCCCUGUGGCCAAGCUUGGAAAACCAAAGUUCCCAAACAAGUCGAGCAAGUUCAUCUGGUUGGUUGUUUUCUAUGCCAAUCAAAUUGAAGCCUGUGCCAGAGCCAAACCCCAUAUCGAUAAGCUAGCUGAAAAGGUAAAGGAUUCAUUCAAAAUUGGAGCCGUGGACUGUGCAAGCACACCACGGGAAGGUCAAUUUUGCCUGGAUGUUGGUGCAGACGUGGAAAAUAUGCCAUCCUUUGCCAUGGUGAUCGACGGGAAACUAGAAUUCUACUUUGACGAUGAUGAGGAUGAAGGAAGUCAACAACAAAUACCCACAGCGAAACAAUUGCACGAGUUUGCCGUGGACCACAUGCCCAAGUCAUUGGUACACAACAUCAAUAAUGAAAAGCAGGUACAAGACCGACUCUUGUCCAAGCAGGAGUUUCUGGGAUCCGUCUUGCUCUUGACUGACAAAUAUGAGACGGCACCAUUGUAUUACAGUUUGGCGUACCACUACCGUUCAAAGUUUGUCUUUGGGGAAUCCAGGGCCAAAAACUUGAACUUGGGAAAGCAGUUUGGCGUCAAAAAGUACCCUCUGCUUGUGGCUAUUGUACCCAAAGGAAAGGGCCAGGAGAGUUUCUCUGAUACCCAUGACUUGAUUAGAUAUACUUCUGAGAAGCUCAAGGGCGAACCCAUCAUCAAGUGGUUGAAUGGUGUCGUUGAAAAGAUUGAAGGCAAACAAAAGAAGAAGAAAAAGCCAGCAAGUGGAGGCGGUGGCGGCGGCAGCAAUACGCAACAAAAGAAGAAGAAAAAGCGAAGCAAGACAAAGGAUGAGCUAUAGAUUGUUCUUUGUGUUUUAGCCGAAACGUUGCACUUCACUGCAUUUGCGACGACUUGGUAUUGCUGGGGCUUUCGUGUUUUACUGCUGUGAUAAAUCUAAUAGACAACUAUAUUCCUUU